CGAGCGACGCGUAACGAACAACGCGCUGCCCUCUUCUGCUUCGGUCGAAACGGCGUUUGCGUCCACGGGCGCGGCUUUGCGUCUUCGAGCUGGCGUUUUACAUAGUAAAAUGUCCUCCGCCGAUUGUUCGGAUCUGUGUCGACUGUGUCUCGUGAAGGAGCGCGUUACCGUGCCGAUUUUUGAAGGCGAGGGUGACGCACGGCGCAUUUUUACGAAAAUCAGCACCUGCCUGCCGGUGAAGAUCUCUAGGGAAGAUAAAUUACCUCAAAAGUUAUGUGCCGAUUGUGUGUACAAAGUAGAAACGUUCUUUGAAUUCUGGCAAACUACAGCAGUUUCAGAAAAACGAUUGCAAGCAUGGCUAGCAGAUGUAGAAAAACAGGACUAUGCUGUUGCUACUGUUCUCAACCAGAGCGGUAUGAAAGGAGAACAGAGCAACGAGAACAGGUUAGAUGGUUCAGGUAUGAUGCAGCAAGUAAGUGGGCAUCAGAAUAGUCUGAACAUGGUUAUGGACAAUAUGGGCAUGUGUAUGUCAAUGAUGAUGCCCAAUAACCAACAACAAAUAACCUCAGUUCCUAUGGACCCCAGUGGUAGCUCUGUACAAAGUAUCCAAGUAGUAGCUGGAUCAAGUACACAUGAGCAAAUUACGCAUGACCAAAUUAUACAAAAUCAAACGAAUGCACCCACGCAACAAGAAGAGGAAGAAGAAAGUAGUGAAGACGAAGAAAACUCAGAUGACGAAUGUGAUGGGGAUGGCCUACCUAUAAAAGAAGAAAGUGAAGAGGAUCCUAACAACAGUAGAACUAUCGAGCCUACAACAUUUGUAAAUGUGUCUUUGGCGUGCGAAGAUCCAGGCCCUUCUGGACUUCAACAGCAAAAAAUGGCUGACAUACAAGAGAUGACAACGGCCGGAGAUCCGAAAACUGGAUACAACCCGCUACCGUUUCCCGAAGACUUUUGUCCGAUGACGAUGUUCGCUAAGCUCGAUCUGGUAAAGAAGAACAACGAACCGGAGAGAAUUUUGCCGUUGAAGUGUCUGAAAUCGGAUGAGUCGAUGACUACGGCUCCAACGACAACGAUGACGACGACGACGACGACGACGACGACAGCAACAACGAUGACAACAACGUCGAUCACGAUUACCGAUCAGAACAUAAAGCAGGAGAUGAACGAAGAGGAGAUAAUCGACAACGAUGAUCUGCCAUUGGCGUAUCACUGCAAAAUCUGCGGCGUUUUUUUCGCCUCGCAGUCCUUGCUGGACAAUCAUGACAUCGAGCACAAAAAUAAGCGAAAGAACACAUGCGCACAAUGUGGCCGGGUCUUCAGGACUGGCGUCAGCCUGCGUCAGCACAUGAAGAAGCAUUCGGUACGCAAAGGCAGCCGCAAGGGCGGCAAAGGCCGAUCCGCUCUGAAGAAAGUGAAGAACGAGAAGCCCGAGCUGGAGUUUCUGUGUAAGACCUGCAACAAGGUGUUCCGGCACAAGAGCAAUUAUCAGAAGCACUUGUUACGUCACACUGUGGGCGACCUCACUUGCAAACACUGCCCGAAGAAAUUCCGUCUGUUUCGCGACCUCACCAGGCACGAGAAAACGCACUUCUACCCGAGCUACAUGUGCAAAGAGUGCGACUACGAGACCACCGUCGUGGCAGCCCUGAGCAUUCACAUGCUGCGGCACGCGGACAAGGCGGACCUACCAUUCAAAUGCAACGAGUGUGACAAGCGCUUCCGCAAGAAGCUCGACCUGCAAGAACAUUACAACAUACACUCGGGCGAGAAGCCGUUCGUCUGUCAGCUCUGCAACAACGCUUUCUACCUACGCAGGCAGCUCUCGGCCCACUGCAGGCGCAUGCAUCCGGAGCUCAAGGCCAACAAGGUGACCAGCACUGCCUGCGACAUUUGUGGCCGUGUACUUGCUACUAAGAGAUCUCUUUUCCGCCAUAAGGAGAGCCACAACCCUACCAAGCUCUAUCUCUGCGAUUACUGUGGCAAGAGUCUCAGUAGCGCUGAGCACCUGAAGAAGCACAGACGAAUCCACACUGGCGAAAAGCCAUACGUUUGCGACAUAUGCGGCAAGGGUUUUACCGACUCGGAGAACUUGCGAAUGCACAGGCGAGUGCACACGGGCGAGAAACCGUACAAGUGCGACCAGUGUCCGAAGGCGUUCUCGCAGAGGUCGACCUUGACCAUCCAUAGACGCGGCCAUACCGGCGAGCGGCCCUACGUCUGCCAGAUCUGCCAUCGUGGUUUCUCCUGCCAAGGUAACCUGACGGCCCACCAGAAGACUACGUGCAUGUAAAGACCCUUUGACAACGGGCGACGAAAUAUGCCCAUCGUGCUGACGAGGCGCGUGAACAUUGAAAUUUAUUGUUGACCGACGAAAGUGCUUCGAAGGCAGCCGGGGAGGGAGAGUAGAGGAGAGCGAGCGAAUGUGUGUGCCACAUGAGUAUACCCUACGUUGACUCUCGCGCGCCGAUUAAGUUAUGAUGACCAAGUUCUUAGUGUGACUGGCUCGUUACUGCUCGAGAAAGUAACGGCAAGCUACUCGUGAGACAGCGAAGAACUCAGCGAUGAACUUGAAUUAUUAUAGAUUAUUAUUAUAUGUAAUCUAUAUGAAUAUAUAGAUUAUAUACACGCAUACACACACGUACAUACAAGAAGCGACAUUAACGAGGUGCCGUGAUUCGCGAUAUUCGUUCUAGCGGUUCUAGCGGUAAAACAUUCAUCAAUCGCGUCGACGUCCGACACUUCUCGAUAAAUCUCUACGAAUAUCUUUUGUACACUGGUUAUAACGCUCGCGUUGAAAAGGGAAGAAAAAAGAACAAAAAAAGCGAUAUGCAGCGUGUUCGCUGCAUAUGUAGAACGAAAAGAUCGUGCGUACGAUUUGUCUGUUCAUUUCGUCAUGAAUUGCAAAUUUUUACCACUAUUAUCUUAAAGAGUUCCGUUAUGAAUAUUGUUGUUCUAUUUUUUCAGUGUAGAUAAGGACGACUUUUGUAAGCCGAACGAUGCCAAUAUUGUUGAACGAUGUUCCGUUUCUCCUUUUCUUCUGUUUCUUCUUACCUCUUACCUUGUACUUUUUUCCUCCUUGUUUCUUUUUUUUCCCCCUUUUUUUUCCUACGGACGAAGGACCACACGCAACCCUCCAGGCUAUCUCGUUCGAAUGAUAAAUAAGCGCAUUGACAAGCUUAUGUUAAUUAUCAUUAACGAUAUUCGUUAUUAUACGUUUAAUAAAAUCAUUCGUACAUUAAAAGAGUGUAUGACUGGCGGAGUCUAUUUCAUCACAUUGUCGAUUAAACCGAUUUCUCAGUAUGAA